AUGUGGCACCUGCCAGCACCCGGCACAUCAAGCCUCGCCAGCCCCGCGCCUCGCCAGCACCGCAGCGCCGUCCACAUGCUGGGCGUCCGGCCCCGCAGCCCCAGCGCUGAACCCGCGCCCUCCUGGACACCGCAGCCCGAAGCACCGGGUCCUGCCAAGCGCCGCCGCCUCCACCAGCCCGCAGGCCCCGAAGCCCUGCCAACGCCCGGCCUGGAAGCCCCCGCGGGGCCCACCAGCGCCGCGCUCCCCUCCACCUCCGUGGUGCUCCUGGCCUCCGGCUGCGCCCUGCAGCUGACCCUGGACGGCGUCGACCUGCUGCUGCAGCCCGAGCCCACCUCGCUCCUGCAAGUGUCGCUGCAAGGACACACCGUCAUCCUGGUCCCCGAGGGCCUCCUGAGCUGCGCCCACCCAAGCCCUGGACGGCUGGAACACGCGCCCGCCGGCCUGCAGGUGACAGCUCCCCUGGACACGCCCCAGGACCACCUCGUCGUCAUGGAGGAGGAAUCCUGGGAGUCGGUCCCAGACAUCGCCUGCCAAGAGGACGCCAGUGAUUGGGACGCGGACCCAGGCAUCCUGAUGCCCCGGGACCACCUCGUCGUCAUGGAGGAGGAAUCCUGGGAGUCGGUCCCAGACAUCGCCUGCCAAGAGGACGUCUAUGACCAGGACGCAGACCCAGGCAUCCUGGCACCUUGGAUGGAUACUCCAGCUGGCCCUGCCGAGGGCUUCCCUCCUUCCACAGGGGCGUCCAUGCGCUGGCCUCAGGACCGAGUCCCAGAGCCCUGGUCUCCGGUGUCCUCCUCAAGUGCGGAGAGUCUCGAUCCACCGUCCAUCUGGGACCUGGACAGCUGCACGCUCUCAGAGUAA